CUUGAGACGAGGUUACUGAUAUAACACUAGUGGCUAAUAUCAGCAUGGCACUUAAAAGCUCAUGGUAAAACUUAUAUCGUGGUUCUCGUGAUUGAAAUAGGUCGCGACGUGAAUUCCCUGGCCGGACUCAUGAAAGUCAUUUUUGCGUCAAAACUGCUUCUCCUAACGUCUGACACAGUUGACCCCAACGGCCUCCCGCUUGGCAGCUGAGACGGGGAUCAGCUAACGUCGCUAACGCCGGUGUGAAAAUGAACGACCAGUAUUCACUUCGUAAUGUCGACACCCUCCUCUUUCAUAUCGCUCUUCAAACUCGAGAGCUUUCUCAAAAGAAGAAAGAAAUCACCCAACAAACUAUAGUGUUCAGAGCUGACAUUGCUGAGAGAAGGUCUUACAUUGAAACAAUUCACAGAAAUAUCAGGCAACUUGAGGAAGAAAUCAGGGUGAAGCAGAGCUCUGUGAUACAUAAUAAAGCAAAUGCAAAAAGCAUGAAGGCGACUAACAGCCUGCUUCUUCAGUAUGAGCAGAGGCUGAAAGCAGACCUUGAGAGCAGAAAAUCCAGCUACAACCAUGACAUGGAAGUCUACGAAGAGAGGAUUGCAAGCUACAGAAAGAUAUUCCAGUCACAUCAAGAAUAUUAUUGCCAACAUCCUCUGGCUCAGAAACUCCUCAAGCUGCAGGCUGAAAAAGAUGAAGUUGAGUGUAGGAUCAAGGCCUGUGAUGAACAAAUCACAAUGAAACAGACAGAGCUGGACCAUUUCACUGGCCCAGCAGUCAAUUCUACUUCCACUGAGAAAUUAUCAGAGAGUGUCUCUGGCCAACUGCCCAUAAAAGAACCAGAGAAACAAUCAGAUCCUCAGACAGAGGAGGAGAGUUAUUCUGCUAUUGACAUCUCCUCUCUUCAUCUCAACCAGACAAAGAUGUCGCAGAAUCGUCAUAAAGUAUCCGUAGAGGAAAAUGCUGGAGAUAUUCACGAGGAACACAAGGUCCUGGAUUCUACCGCCUGCAGCCCUUACCCAGAAGACGCGAGCAGUGAGCUGUGGUCAUAUAAACAGUUGGAUGAGCAAAGUUGGCCAGAUGAGAUGCACAUGGAUAAGCAGGAAAAGGAAACCAGUAUACAGGACCAAGUCUUGGAACAACAAUCUACUGUGUCAGAGGUAGAGGAGGCAGUGGAGGACAAGAUAGAGGAAAGAGUAGGUGCAGAUGAAGAUCAGACACCAAGCAAAAAGGACAAUGAGGGACUCACUGCUGUUUCUCAGUCAUCAUCUCAUGAAACUAUUCCUCAGUCCUCACCAUCAAAAAGGAGAGCUGCAUCUUCCACCACAACAUUCCCAUUUCACUUUAGCCCUGCCAGUUCCCCAAACCAAGGGGCCUCUGAUACCAGAUCUCCAACUUUCCUGUUCUCUCUGAACUCUGAUCCCAGCACCCCAGGCUUCUCUGGAUUUGGAUUUGAUGUGGGCACAUCACAGGAUGAGGACACAUCUUUUGCUUUUACUGGCUCCUUUUUCAAUGAUAAGAAAACCACAGAAUCAAGGUUUUCAACCUGCCCUGACUUCCUGUUUGACCAAUCAGAGCAAAAUGAAGAGUUUAAGUUUGCCUUCACCUUCGAGAGCCCUCAGCCAACAGACAAAGAUAACACCAGGGAUGCUUUUCCAUUUUCAUUCAACCUUUGAGUUAUAUGAAAAAUAUCUAAAAUGGUUCAUUUAUUUGGUUCUAGGACCAGUUCCUGGCUUAUUAUCCUCAGUAAUGUUCUCAUUUAGUGGGCAAUGAAAAAUAUUCAAGGUAAGAGCUCAUGGUUUAACAGCAUUAUAAAAUUUACAAGAGUUCAACAGCUAAAAAUCUAAGUGAUAUUUUCCAGAUGUGACUUUUCUAAGAGCAUUUUUCAUUUUUUAUUCCGGUAAAUGGUUGCUAUUUGUCUGUUUUACUUAAUAGCUUAUUUGAAAAAACUAUUCACAUUACAUUGAACAAAUACGACAU